AUGGAAAGAAAGACACCACUACUUCGCCUCUUUGUUGGAACGCCGGCGCGAACACGGUGGUCGGGGUGGCUGGUGGUUUCGGGAUCCCAUAGAAAAUGCGUCUUUUAUGCCUCAGUAAUUCUACCCCUUCUUCAUUCUUGGACCUCGCUUCCGAAUAUUUUGACUCUUCCAUGUUGUGUCUUAGGAACCUUUUCAACACGGUCCGGAUUGCUAGCUCCCGUUCAUAGUUCCGCUAUAGACGAUACACAAGGAAGAUUUUUAUGGCGGUUCUUCCUUCUAAUUAUAGGCAUAUCUAUGACUCCUUUUUACCAGAUGAAGCAGGAGGCAUCGGUCCGUAGAACCUAUAAAAAAGAGAUGGUUGUGGCGCGAAGUACUCUUGUGCACCUACGUCACUCGGCUCGCGCGCAACCCCGCCCCGUUAUGUUAUGUUAUGGAAGACUUUAG